AUGGGUCUCCUCUCGUUGGGCACUCCUCUCGCCUGGGAUGACGCCAAACAGCACGCCGAUCACGUCAGGACGCACGGCAUAACUCAGUUUCUCAAUAUCUGGAGCCGUCUCAAGGAUCGAUGCGGGGACGAGCUGCUGUGGGGAGACGAGAUCGAGUAUAUGGUCAUUUCGUUCGACAAUGACGCAAAGAACGCGAAAUUGUCUCUGCGCCAAACGGAGAUACUCGCGAAACUCACCUCCAUCACCAAUGACAUAGCCUCCGACCGUGGUGAAUCAGACUCGGUCCCGACCUUUCACCCCGAAUAUGGGCGUUACAUGCUCGAGUCUACACCAGGAUCGCCAUACACCGGGUCUCUCACUGACCUGCUGUCGGUGGAGAGUGACAUGCGUUAUAGACGGCGGCUGGCUCGCAAAUAUCUGAAGCAGGAUGAGAUUCCCUUCACCCUGACCUCAUUCCCUCGGCUGGGUGUUCCCGGUGUUUUCACAGAACCAUACUGCGACCCUGCGGACGCGGUCUCGAGCCACAGUCUAUUCCUGCCUGAGGAAAUAACAAACCCUCACGCACGCUUCCCGACCCUGACGGCAAAUAUUCGGCGACGGCGCGGGUCGAAGGUUGCGAUCAACCUUCCCCUGUUCAUUGAUGAUAACACCCCCAAGCCAUUUGUCGAUCCCGCAAUCCCCUGGCAGCGGAGCAUAUAUCCUGAGGAUCCAGGUUCGGAAGAGCGCGGACUGAAGGUAAUGAAGUCUAACAAACCCCGGCGUGAACGCGGCGCUGAUUUUGCUGUAGCCGCUGAAAGAGAACCGGUUCAGGAUACCGAAGUCUCGCUACAGCAGCGUCAGCCGGAAUAUAAUGAUAUUUAUGCCCCUCACGACGAGGCGAUUUUUGACCGCUUGCGGAAGCAUGGCAUUGACGACCCACUUGCGAAACAUGUUGCUCACUUGUUCAUUCGUGACCCUAUCGUCAUUUUCUCGGAAACUAUCGACCAGGAUGAUACAGCCAGUAACGACCACUUCGAAAAUAUCCAAUCCACGAAUUGGCAAACUGUCCGUUUCAAGCCCCCGCCGGUCAACUCGCCGAUCGGCUGGCGGGUGGAAUUCCGCUCUAUGGAGGUCCAGAUGACAGAUUUUGAGAACGCGGCCUUCUCGGUCUUCGUCGUGCUGCUUUCACGCGCAAUCUUGGCCCUCAACCUCAACUUCUACGUCCCGAUAUCCAAGGUCGACGAGAACAUGGCCAGGGCGCAGAAACGGGAUGCCGUCAGGUCCCAGAAGUUCUAUUUCCGCAAGGACGUCUUCCCUCCCGGCUCGUCCCGUGCUUCAAGCGUGUGUUCGUCUGGUGCAAGCUCACCCGUCGAUGGGCCGGGUGGAACACAACAGAAGGAGAGGAAGCUGCGCAAUUGCUUCCCUUCGAUACCACGGCCUGUGGAUGGCUUCGAUCCUCGGCCGGUCGAAGACGAGUAUGAGGAGAUGACUAUGGAAGAGAUCAUGUUCGGCAAGUAUGGAAGGUUCCCAGGACUGUUCGGACUUGUGUACACGUAUCUAGACACGCUAGAUAUGACGGAAGAGGAGCGCUUCAAGCUGGAAGGAUACCUCAACCUCGUAAAGCGCCGAACGGAUGGAACGCUGAAAACGGCGGCCACCUGGAUACGCGAGUUCGUGCGAUCACAUCCUGCAUACAAAUUUGACUCCGCGGUUAGCCAGGAGAUCAAUUACGAUCUCAUGGUUGCAGUUGAUGAAAUAGAGCGUGGCGUUAGAAAAGUCCCGAACUUCUUACCGACUGGCGUCUGA